AGGAGAAGCCACAUAGCACCCUCUCACUCAAGUCUCAAUAACAAUCCUAUCCAAGAAAAAAGAAAAAGAAUAUUAAUGGCAACACUUGGUGGAGUUAGCGAAGUGGCAGGAACCCCCAACAACCUUGAGAUCGACAGUCUCGCUCGCUACGCUGUUGAGCAACACAACGCCAAACAUAAUGCACUUCUGGAAUUUUCAAGGGUGAUAAGUGCAAAACAUCAAGUGGUUUCUGGUACUUUGCACCACAUCAUUCUAGAGGCAAAUGAUGGGGGGAAUAAAAAGGUUUAUGAAGCCAAGGUUUGGGAAAAGUCUUGGCUCAACUUCAAGGAGGUGCAGGACUUCAAGCUUCUCCAAGAUGCCUCUUCCCAGUGAACUACUUAACUAGGU